UCAUGACGUGCUCAGAGGAUCGUUACCCACUCGGGUUGGCUGCGACUGGAAGAUGACAGCAGGUCUGCUGAGCGUUCCCAUCAUGAGGCCUAACGGCUGCUGGACCAUCCUGCAGCUGUCCGUCUUGGCAGGGCUGCUGCUCACCCUAAACGCUGACAGUGAAAAUCCAGAUUGUGGAGUUGAAAUCAAAGUACGUCGCCACACGGCUCAUAACGCUUUCCAUGGGGAAGAGCUCCAGAUCAACUGCACAGUUGCUUUUUGCAACAAAAAGCCACCAACAGUGACCUGGUUUAAAUUUGAGAAAAAUGGCACAGCUGUCCCUGUCAAUGUGAGCGGUGGAAGUCACAUUACAGAGGAGUGGAAGCUUUUGAGUGAUUAUGAAGGAAUAUUGUUUUUAAAUUUCAAAAAAAUACUCAGAAAAGACUCUGGUCAGUAUCAUUGUCGAAGUGAAGGCAGCGUGAGUCACAACAUCAACGUCUCUGUCACUGGUGAUGGUGAUCCCACCAAUGUUACAGAGAAUAAUGACACAAAUCGCACACCUUCUGACCCUGACCCCCCACCAGAUCUAUGGAUGUACAUCUAUUUGGCUGCUGGGAUUUCAGGAUUCGUCAUCGUAGUGAUUAUUAUAUCUAUCUUGUCAAUGCACGGGUGUAAAGGAAAACCAAAAAAAGAGGUGCAAACUGAAAAUCAGUACAUUGCUAUCCCCAUGGUGGAGCAACCGCUCCAACCCGCCAGCGCCCAGAACUCGCCAAGAGUCAGCCCCUCAGCGCCGCCAUGUCGGAGAUCCACCCGGAGAAAGACCCCGGCCGCACAACCCAACGAGCUGCCGCUACCCAGAGACCAUGUGCACGUUUACGGCGAGGUGAAAAAGGGCGAGGAGAGACAUAGGAAUACGGCGGAGGAAGAGGGGAGUUCUGUGGUGUACGCUGCUCUCAACCAUCAGCUUCCAGCCAGAGCUGCAGCUCGGCCGCGCAGGCAGGUGGAAGAGGCUUCGGAGUACGCAGCUAUCCGUAUUAAAGACCCACUGGACUGAAUUACUCAAAGCGGACAACUCACAGGUUGGCUAAUCUGGCAACAAACCACACUAGAGGACCAUUAGUACGUCCCAGAGGAGAUCAGGAGGCGUCUGAUACCGGACACACGGGGCACCCUCUGGACCUGUAUGAGGCACACAAGGCUUUCAACUCCAUGCACAGCAAUAUUAGAAGCUUAAAGCACGUCAAACAUCUUGUCCCGUGUAAAACCAAAAGUGAACGCUGAGUGAAAUACUUUGACAACUUACAUACAUAUUUAAAGAGAUGGUUCGGAUCUUUUGACGUGAGGUUGUAUGACUGGGGAUUCACACCGGGCGCGUUACAGCAGCAGCACGUCAGUUUAGCGAGCCGGUCGUAUACACGCGAGAUCACGCGAUAAUCCUGACCAUACGGGAGACCGCGAGAUCCCAUGAUAAACUCUAAACUCUAUUUAUACAGUCUAUGGAUAAACUGUGUGUAUAAAGUAAACAACAACAACAACAACAACAAACAGCUUACUUUGCUUCUCUGACGUGAAAGAUCUGUUGAUCUGACCAUCUAUCCUUAUAAAAACAAUAUGUUAUGUCAUAAAUGAUUGUAUGAUGUUCCACUUCAAAAAUCUGUCUCUUGUCGUCCGUGUCGCCGAUCCUCUGAGACCCUUUGAUUGAUUGAUUGAUUGAUUGAUUGAUUGAUUGCUGAUCUGGUGCCUCGGUCAUAACAUAAUGUUGAUGUGAAGUAGUUUUAGGCUGCAUGAACUGCGUAUUGUGUUUCAUUUUGAAAGGGGCGGAAGUGUUUUACGCUGAUUCUGAGUCGGACUUCCUGUCUGGUGAUCUGCUCUGUUGAGAUUUACGCGGUUUGGCAGCGUCUCGCGGAGAAAUAGAAGUCCUACCUAAUGCUCGCGGAGAGACGCUGCUGAGACGCUGCUGUAACGUUACGCAUCGCAUGGAAAUGCUCUCAUUGAUUAGAGUGUUACCUAUUUGCAACGGCGAACGCGACGCUGACGUGACGCUAUGUAUGUAGUGUUGGCAGGAAACAGACUGUCACAAAAUGUAUUUUAACCACAUAAACAAAGGCCCACCCUAAUUAUGUUAUACCCGUCACAGAUCGGCUGUUUUGGACUGAAUCAAACAGAACUGACUUUACAGUUUACAUAGCGGCAUCAGCAGCUAGCCGGGGCUCUUUCUUGGCUCUAGUUUCCACCAAAGUUUCCCCUCUCUCUCUCUCUUUCAGCCCUUUCAGUCUCCAUCAGCAAUAGUCCUUCUUCUGUAUAUUCCCAAUUCCAAAAAUAUUUACUUUUGUCUUUGGCAAUUUAAUCGUCAUAUGUGUAGGAAUAUGGGUCUGCAGUUGAGAAAAAAGUAGUUCCAAAUGUAAUAGAGCGUACACAUAAACGGGUAUAAUAUUUUAAGGUUGGGCUUUUGUUUAAGUGGUUAAAAUACCUCGUACAACCUCAUUUCAUAAAAAUCUGAAUUACGCCUUUAAAUUGACAGAACAUACAUUACAUGAACUUUUCCCAAACAUAACCAUGUCGUUUUGUUUAAAUUCACAAUGUUAACCACGUGUUUAAAACUGCAUCCGUAGUGGAGUGUUUUAUUUUGAUGCCCAGUGUGUUAAAAAGUGACGCCAAGGCGUCCUGAACAAAUGUCCGUAGCUGAUGAACUAGGGAUGAAAACGUGUCAGGGGGAAGUGGUCCUCCAUUACCAUGAACACACACAUUGUACAACCUGAUUCCAAAGAAUGGACGUUGUCUAAAACGCAAAUAACACAGAAUUACUCACUAGUGCACCAAACGUGGAGUAAUCCGCAGCUGAAAAUAGUCCCUUACAAACUCGCUAUUUAUUCCUGUUUGAAUAACAUCCACUAAACUCUACAAUGCCCAGCUAUUUCAGGAAAUGAUCUGUCAAAAAUGAAACUAUAUCUUUGUGCCCCAAUUUGAAAGUUUUACACCUUCAGUUGGAAAUGACUUGUCUGGAAAAUAUUGAAAGAUGGACAAUGUUGGAUUCAGGCUCCAUAAAUCUGCAGCACUGGAGACGGCGAAAGCAGCACCACCUCUGAACAAACUUAAUGUAUUUUUUUCACAGAAUUAUUUCACAAACUAUCUUCAACUAAUAUGGAUUUGUUUUGAAUGUUUUGUAUCAUGCACGUCC